AGACGCCCACCCACCCGUUCCUCUUUCCGCAAGAUCGCAGAGGUGGCGCGGAGCCUGGCGAGCCGAUGACGGACCCUUUCCUCCUGUCUUCAAUGCCUCAGCGGAAGAUCCCUAAGGGCUGGAGAGAGGAGGGCUGCUGCUGGACAUCCUCCCGGAGAGGUUGCUCCGACCUGCUGCUCGUGGUGUAUGAAACUGGGGACUGAGCGAGCCCCAGCCGCCGCUGCCCGCCCGCCCCGUCGCUUCCGUCGGUCUGGACUGGCUCCCGUCUCGCCGCGCCCGCCGGCCCGGCCCCGGCCCCGGUCCCGGUCCGGGCGCCCCGGGGCUAGCCCCGCGCCCGCCGCCGCCCGCGCGCCAACUGCCCGCGAGUCCUCCUGACAGCUGCGGCGGCGGCGAUGAUGCAAAGGAGGAGGGUGCUGCCGCCGGCGGUGCUGAUGGUGGCGAUCGGCGCCCGGGUGUGAUGCGAGCGUCAUGGUGGGGAUGCUGGCUUCGCGGCGGUGAGAGAGCGAGCGAGAGCGAGCCAGGGGCGGAGGACGCCAGAAUUCGGAUCUUGCUGCUGUGUGGGCUCGGAUCUCUCUUUUCCCUCUCUCUCUCCCCCCUUCAUUUGGUUCUUGGUUUGCACAUUUAAAAUCCCCCGACUCCGUCCUUUCCCCACCACUGGAAGUCUUCCCGUCUCUAAAUGGAAUUAGUGGAGAUCGGAGCCUCUGGUGUAACGAACAGACAUGAUCUAUGGACGCAGUUUGUUUCACAUUGUAGCAAGUUUAGUCAUCUUCCAUUUGUCUGGGGCAACCAAGAAAGGAACAGAAAAGCAAACCACCUCGGAGACUCAGAAGUCAGUGCAGUGUGGAACUUGGACCAAACAUGCAGAGGGAGGUAUCUUUACCUCUCCCAACUACCCCAGCAAGUACCCUCCUGACCGAGAGUGCAUCUACAUCAUAGAAGCUGCCCCAAGACAGUGCAUUGAACUUUACUUUGAUGAAAAGUAUUCUAUCGAACCGUCUUGGGAGUGCAAAUUUGAUCAUAUUGAAGUUCGAGAUGGACCUUUCGGAUUUUCUCCAAUAAUUGGACGAUUCUGUGGACAACAAAAUCCACCUGUAAUAAAAUCCAGUGGAAGAUUUCUAUGGAUUAAAUUUUUUGCUGAUGGAGAGCUGGAAUCUAUGGGAUUUUCAGCUCGAUACAAUUUCACACCUGAUCCUGACUUUAAGGACCUUGGAGUUUUGAAACCGUUACCAGCUCCAUUUUUGUAUGUUUGUUUGGCAUUUCGUUAUUUAGCAUGUGAGUUUGAGAUGGGCGGUCCUGAAGGAAUUGUGGAAUCUAUACAAAUUAUGAAAGAAGGCAAAGCUUCUGCUAGCGAGGCCGUGGAUUGCAAGUGGUACAUCCGGGCACCUCCACGAUCCAAGAUCUACUUACGCUUCUUAGACUAUGAGAUGCAGAAUUCAAACGAGUGCAAAAGGAACUUUGUGGCUGUGUACGAUGGCAGCAGUUCCGUGGGGGACCUGAAGGCGAAGUUCUGCAGCACGGUGGCCAAUGACGUCAUGCUCCGCACGGGUCUUGGGGUCAUCCGCAUGUGGGCCGAUGAGGGCAGUCGGAACAGCCGAUUUCAGAUGCUCUUCACAUCCUUUCAAGAACCUCCCUGUGAAGGCAAUACCUUCUUCUGCCAUAGUAACAUGUGUAUUAACAAUACACUGGUUUGCAAUGGGCUCCAGAACUGUGUGUAUCCUUGGGACGAGAAUCAUUGUAAAGAGAAGAGGAAAGCCAGCCUGCUGGACCAGCUCACCAACACCAGUGGGACUGUCAUUGGCGUGACUUCCUGCAUUGUGAUCAUCCUUAUUAUCAUUUCUGUCAUUGUGCAGAUCAAACAGCCUCGUAAAAAAUAUGUGCAAAGGAAAUCGGACUUUGACCAGACAGUUUUCCAGGAGGUGUUCGAACCUCCCCAUUAUGAGUUAUGUACUCUGAGAGGGACAGGAGCUACCGCUGACUUUGCCGACGUGGCAGAAGACUUUGAGAACUAUCAUAAACUGCGGAGAUCCUCUUCCAAGUGUGUUCACGACCAUCACUGUGGGUCACAAGUGUCCAGUACGAAAGGCAGCCGCAGUAACCUCAGCACAAGAGAUGCUUCUGUCUUGACAGAAAUGCCCCCCCAGCCCGUCAAGCCCCUCAUCCCACCCAUGAACAGAAGAAAUAUCCUCGUCAUGAAACACAACUACUCGCAAGAUGCCUCCGAUGCCUGUGACAUCGACGAGAUCGAGGAGGUGCCCACGACGAGCCACAGGCUGUCCCGACAUGACAAAGCCGUCCAGCGGUUCUGCCUCAUUGGGUCUCUAAGCAAACAUGAAUCUGAAUACAACACAACUAGGGUCUAAAAAGAAAAUUCAAGAUAUCAUUACACUUUUGGUGCAAUACUUUGUAAAUAGACAGCUCAAUCUUCUUAUCAAGUUCUGAAAGGAUAUAUCUAAGAACUAUCCAAGAAAACAUUUUGGAAAUUGUGCUUAUUAAAAAACAGCAAUGCAAUCACAACAAAACCCUUUUAGAACCGGACUCGAUGCUGUUGCUUUCCAUGGAGCACUCUCACUGUCCCUGAUGGUCCCGCGCAGGUUAGAACACGGCAGAAGCUGGAGCUCAGUCACAGCAAAGGCAAGCAACACACACAUCUGUUAGGAGGGUCUGGUUUUCAACAAUAGACACUUAGUUUUCUCAUGUCUUAGAGUAAGCAUUCAUCAUGAACAUGACAAGUUGCUCCGAGUAAGAUAAGGUUAACUGUACAGAAGAUUCUUGGACACGCAUUGUUUUGUUUAAUUGUAUCCUGACUGUCAUUCUGAACGAAGAUAUUAUUACGUUCUUCAUUUUACAGGAAUUAUGUUGGACUGUCUUAUUUUUAAUGAAGCACCACCGACACUCUCUACUAGGACUGCAAACUGCGUUUGGAAAGUAUCCCUUCCCUCUCUGGCUGACUUGGAGUUUGUCAAUGAGAGGAACUCACAAAGGAUUUGGAAGGAAAGACAGAGUGAAAGACAUUCUUCUCGGGAGGUCGCCGUGGAGAGAUGCAGCAGCUUCUGGACCACAUCUACAAGCUCCCAGUUCUCCAUCAAGGUGACAGGAUGUGGAGGCUCCAACAAUCUCCAUGAGCUUUGGCUUCUCUCCAGUCCCCAAGCUUCAGUCCUCAGUCCUCAGGGACCGCUUCUCCAAUCCUACAGCGGCUGCCCUUCCAGACUUUUACUAGCCAUCUAUUCUCACAUCUGUGGGAUCCCCAACUCCCAUACUAAAUUCCUCAUUCUCGAAUGCUAUAGAAAUUCUAUUUUCCUGACUGAACCCAGACCAAUACAGGUGGAAGAUUUGUCCUGUGGCCUAAUCCAAACUGUGUUAUUGCCGGUAAAGGUGCAGAGAUUCUUGGCCCCUGGGUGGAACACACUUGAAAUUUUAAAAAUUAUGUAUACUGCAAUAAGUUCACUUAAUUCUACCCAGUUGACUGUGGAGGGGAGGGAAUGAUAGAAGACAUCAGAGAAAUAAUUAACAUGGGCAAAUAAGCCUGUGGAAAUGGUAAGGUGAAUGUUUAUCCUAAUUGCUUUUACUGCUCAGAGAGUGCCAUUAGGAGAACAGGAAUGACAUGUAUUGGCUUUAAUGUGAAGGGGACCACACACAUAGGCCAAAGGAUGUUGACAUUGUACAAGAGAAAAUGGGAACAGUAUGCUUCUCAAUAUCUAGAAAUGAGACUAAGGACUUAAUGUGUUGAUAAUGAUAUCGGUAUAAUAUAUAUAUUGACUAUAUUUUUAAAAGCCUGUACUCUAGAAAAUGUACUUAACUUUUUAUUAUCAAUAUGGCUACCAUUUGUUGAGUCUAUACAAAGUUUGAGCCCAUUGAGUUUAUAAGAAAUUACAUAUAUUUUUUGUGAUAGGUAAUAUAGCGCAAGCAUAUGAAAAUAACAUGUUCAGGUAAGCAUAUGUUUUAAAAACCUGGGUUUUAAAAUCGUAGAUCAUAACUCUAAGGUCUUACUGCGCACCGGGGGCAGCAUAUUAAACUACGGUGAGGAGAAAAGCAGCGUCUUGUGUGCGGGGUACACAAACCUCAAACAUAUGCUGUCAUAAAGAUUAAUGCAGAGGGCGCCCUGCGAGAACGAAACCUGCUAUUCAGUGUUCCUUAUGAGAUUCAGCCCCAUCUAUCAAUUCCCACUAAAUAAAGAUUAACAGCCUUCUCUCUAUUACAGAUGUUACUUCUUCCGUCUAUGCCUCUGAGAGAUAAAAGAAUCUUUAUCCAUAAUACGGCUGCAAAUGUAUUAUUGAAUAGAAUGACUAUUAAAUACAUUGUUUGUAUACACAAAUACAUCAUUUGACUCUUAACAAUCUGAUCCAAACAGUUAUAUACCAUGCUGCCAAUCUGUGGCUAAAACAGAUUAUAGACCACAUCUUGUUAGACGCCAGUGAAUACUGAUUUUUGAAUUCAAAAUAUGAUUUAUUGAGUAUAAUAUUUCCAAAACAGCAUGAAGAAAAACUAGAUCUAUGGUAUGGUAAAUGUGUAGUGAGCCCUUCCCACGGUGUCACACAGAAUGCAUCUGGAGCCGAUUCCCAAGUCAGAAUGUCGCUUACAGUGACAACAGAGGCAUCUGGUUUCUGCCUCUCUCACUUGAAAUGGGGAAACUCUCGCAAGCAUCAUGAAUGGCGAUGAGGUGCACAGAUGUCCAAGAGGAGACUUACCUGGCAGUUCAACAGCGUCAUGCCCAGUUUUAAUGUAUAAACUUAAAGAAUAAAAGAACUGUCUCAGAAAAAAAUAAUCGUUCUUGUGUUCUUGCGAGAUUCCUGUCUUGGUUACUGGGUUUUGCCGCUUCUACAAUAUUCACUUUCCCUUGUGGUUUGACCUUCGUUUUGGCUGAAACUCCAUCUGUCACUGGUCAGCAGUCAGUUCUCAGAACCCGCAUUCCUAUAUCCCUGUUGGGUGGUGCUCACUCCUGUUCCUCAGCCCACCUCCCCCUGAGAUAAGCAUCACUCCAGUGGGCCAACAAUUAGUAUAGGAAACACUCAUCCCUCUAGAUGGAAAACUCCAUGGAGAGCAGAGCGUUGUUUGUUUCAACUAUCUCCCUGUAUACACCGUUCAGUACAGCUCCAGGAACA